GCCCGUAUCUGUUUCUGUUCUGUUCCUCCAGCACGAGCAGCCGCCGCCCAGCCUCCUCCGCCGCCGCCGGAGCUACGCGCUCACCCCCCUCCCCCCCAGGUCCUCCACCGUGCGAGCCUGUGCUUUCCCGCACUCUCUUCCGCGCGACCCCGCCUUCUCCUCGCCCGCUCGCCCCCGUUCGUGAAGGCGACGACCGCCAGCAGCGGCCCGAUUUGAGGGAGGGAGAGAGGAGGUUCCUCUCAGAUAAAGAUUGGGCAGUUUGGCCGGGGCAGAGCAAACAUGGGGCAUUUUAUCAAUUAGCCCCCGCAACCGCAGCAGCAGUGUCGCCGCUACUCGCACACGGCCGGCGGAGACGAACCCUUGAUGGUGCCGGAGGACGGCGCGCAACAGGCAGCGGCCGCUGCCGCCGCGGAGCACCCCGCGGUGUCGGAGGUGGACUCGUUCCGACGCCAGGUCGACGACCUUGCCUCCAAGACCGAUGUGCUGGAGAGGAGGGUGAACGAGGUGGUAGGGUUCUACGACGGCAAGAAGCAUGGCAGCGCAGGGCGCAGGGCCAUCGGUAGCAGCAGGUAUGCGGCGAAUGGUGCAAGGGACAGCAACUGCAAAGGGAUGCCCGACCUCAUGCGCCAGCUUGCCGGUAUCAUUCGCCAGAUCACGUCUCAUGAAUGGUCAGCGCCAUUUCUGCAACCGGUAGAUGUUGUAGGCCUACAACUUGAUGACUAUUACAAGAUUAUAACAAAACCUAUGGAUUUCUCGACCAUCCAAAACAAAAUGGAAGGGAAGGAUGGUACCAAGUAUAAAAGUGUUCGAGAAAUAUAUUCUGAUGUUCGAUUAAUUUUUACCAAUGCAAUGACAUACAAUGAUGAACUCCACGAUGUUCACAUAAUGGCCAAGUUAUUACUCGAGAAAUUUGAGGAGAAAUGGCUCCAGCUUCUCCCUAAAGUCGAGAACGAGGAAAGGAAACAACAGAUGGAAACAAACGAUGCUCCAACCACAGACACUUCUCCGGAAGAUGCUAUUGCGCAAUUGGCAAAAGAUACUGAUGAUGAGCUGAAUGAGAUUAAUAAGCAGCUGGAGGAGCUCCGGAACAUGGUGGUUCAGAGAUGCAAGAAAAUGACAACAGAUGAGAAGAGAAAACUCGGUGCCGGCCUUUGCCACCUGACUCCGGAAGAUUUUAGCAAGGCGCUAGAGCUGGUCGCACAAGAUAAUCCUGACUUCCAGACUACAGCAGAAGAACUGGACCUUGACAUGGAUGCUCAGAGCGAGACGACGCUCUGGAGGCUGAAGUUCUUUGUGAGGGAAGCGUUGGAGCGACAGGCCAACCCAGCCGCGGCCCCUGGCAAGACCGACGAAAACGCGAAGAGGAAGCGCGACAUCUACAAUGCUCUAGCCAAGACCGCUUCAAAACGGAUCAGGAGAUAGGAUGUUUCUGUAGAAGUAGCUGUCAUGGGACAAUUUUCUCUCUUGUGUGUGUAAGACAUGUGUGCCAGCGUAUAUAUGAACAUGAAUCUGCACUAGGCAGUCACACCUGACCUGGUCUCAUGUGUAGCAAUGUUAUUGUCACCUAUGUUAAAUAUAGAGCAAUGUUGAUGCAGCUCUAAAAAACCAUAAUCACAAGAAUAAUUCCUCGAAAAAAGAUAUACCAUUAAACAUGACAAACUGCUGUUUAGCUAUUCUUAUUGCAGGAAAUUAAUGGCACUGC